AUGGGACACAACAAGCCUGAUCUCAAAGACAAGUCGCUCUUCAUUGAGAAGUCAUACAUCAAUGGCGAGUGGGUUAGCGCUCAGUCGGGCGAGACCUUUGAAGUCCACGACCCCGCCACUGGCAAACUGAUCGGAACAUGCCCCGAACUCGGCACCGCCGACGUUGAAAAGGCCAUCCAAGCCGCCUCCGAAGCCUUCCCCAAAUUCCGCACAACCCUCGCCCGCGAGCGCGCGCGCAUGCUGCGCCGCUGGUAUCAGCUGAUGGUGGAUAAUGCCGAUGACCUGGCCAAGCUCAUCACCUGGGAGAAUGCGAGGAAGCUCUCCCGCACAUACGGCGAUGUCAUCCCAGCUACCGUCCCCGGCAACCGAGUCAUGACCCUGAAGCAACCAGUUGGUGUAUGCGGUCUCAUUACACCAUGGAACUUCCCCGCCGCCAUGAUCACUCGUAAGAUCGGACCCGCCCUCGCCGCCGGCUGUACCGUUGUCGCCAAGUCCCCCUGCGAGACCCCAUUCACUGCCAACGCCCUUGCCGAGCUGGCUCACCGCGCCGGUAUCCCUAAGGGUGUGGUCAACAUUGUCACCGCAUCGAAGAACACUCCUGCUGUCGGCGAGCUGAUCACCACACACCCGGACGUACGGAAGGUUUCCUUCACCGGCUCGACAAACGUUGGCCGCUUGUUGAUGAAGCAGGCUUCGUCGACCAUUAAGAAGGUUUCUUGGGAACUGGGCGGCAACGCGCCGUUCAUCGUCUUCGAUGAUGUUGAGGACCUUGAUGCAGCCGUCAACGGCGCUAUCACUUCCAAGUUCCGCAGCUCAGGCCAAACCUGCGUCUGCGCUAACCGGAUCUACGUGCAGAAGGGCGUGUACGAUGAGUUCUCCAAGCGCUUUGCUGCCAAGGUCAAGGACUUUAAGCUCGGAGCCGGCUUCGAGGAUGGUAUUACCCACGGUCCUGUGAUCCACGAGCGUGCCGCUGAGAAGGUGCACGAGCAUGUCCAGGAUGCCACCUCCAAGGGUGCCAAGGUGCUUAUUGGCGGACAGAAGGCUUCUGCCCUGGGCCCCAAUUUCUAUGAGCCCACUGUUCUGUCCGGUAUGACCAAGGACAUGCUGAUCGCGUCUGAGGAGACUUUCGGCCCUGUUGCGGGUCUCUUCCCCUUCGAGACUGAGAAGGAGGUUGUGGAUCUGGCUAACAAGGCCGAGGUUGGUCUUGCGGGCUACUUCUUCAGCGGUAAUGUUCGUCGUAUCUUCCGCGUUGCUGAGGCACUUGAGGUUGGCAUGGUUGGUGCCAACACUGGUUUGAUCAGUGAUGUUGCUUCUCCGUUCGGCGGUGUCAAGCAGAGCGGUUUCGGCCGUGAGGGCAGCAAGUACGGCAUUGAUGAGUUCAUGGUUAUCAAGAGCAUCACUUUUGGCGGUAUGGGGGAGCCUCUGCAGGCAUAA